CACAUUCCUUCAGUCUGCACACAAACACAUGUGUGAUCGGGACAGUAGUGACAGGAGGCGUAGCUCCUCUCUUCUGGUAUAUAUUCAGAAGUGCCAUGACCUAACCGAGGACUUAAACUAGACUGGAAAUUGUUCAAAUGGGGAAUUCAGGGGGGUGUUGUGGCAAUCUGGAGGAGCAGAAGGGGCUGAUGAAGAUGGGCCUUUGUAUGGUGUUAGUAGGGCAUGUGAACUUCCUGCUGGGUGCUUUGGUCCAUGGUGUGGUGCUGAGACACUUCAGCCUCCAGCGGGGACAGGCCAUGGAAAGCGCCAUCUCAAACAUCAUCGCCCUGGCAACGGGACUGCUGGGUGUCAUUAUUGGGAUAUUGACUAUUGUUCUGUCCAAAAACAGGAAGAACAGGGGGCUGACCUGGUCACUGUUUGUGUCAAGUGCUGUAGCUGUUCUAGUGGCUGCCGCUUCAGUCAUUGGACUGAUGGUGUCCUUGGUAAAGACCAUCAUUCAUGGCGACAAGAGAUUACUCGCUUACUGCGGCUAUAGUGAUGGCAGGAGUCACCUAACCAUCGCCAAUGACUGUCCUUUUGACCCCACGCGUAUUUUUAGCACCACGAUAGUCCUGUGGGUCCCACUGAUACUAAUUAGUGCAGUGGAGAUGGUGUUCUCAUUCCGCUUAUUUAAGGUCUCCAUCUCCUACCUCGGUCUGCCCUGGUGCCUCCGCAAACAACAUUUACGAGAUGAGAGCAGAUUGAUGAAAACCCAGAGAACGGCCGGGCCCCGCUACUCACCCCAGCCCCGUCGUUGCCAAGGAGACGAAGAACGGAAGCUGUCCGUUAUUAGACCCCCAGAGCGGCACAGGCCACCGCUCCGCUCCGUGUCCCCCGGUCAGUACAGCCAGCACCCCUCCGCACCCCCGUUCAGCCGCGCGGCAUUGGAAAGGUCCAGUAUCUGGAUCUGAUUAUGAAGCGGACAGUGGCUCUGAGCCUCUGGCAUCAUUCAUGGAUCAAGUGCAUUUUAAACCUUUUUGAAGAAAUGUUACAUUUGUGCUUGUACAGGUCGGAUGGUUGUCACUCAUGUAGCCGUAACUUUGUGUUAAUACACUAAACAUAUUUAUAAACUUUUAUGCUGUCUAGAGAAAGUGUGCGUGUGUCAGGUUUUAAAUACAUCUGCAUGUUAUUAUCAUUAACCAAAACUAUUAAAAUGUUUUUGCUUAUUGAAAUAAAAGCUGAAAUCAAAUAAAUAUAUAUAUUACAGAAACUAAAACUGAAAUAAAAAUAAAUUAAACAUAAAUAAUAUAAAAAACUAAUAAAAAUAACUAAUUUCAAAAUAUUAAUAAAAAAUAUAUUAUAUUAAUAAACAACAGUCUUACUGCUGCUUUUGAUACAGUUGAUCACUGUAUAUAAGUUGAGCAGAGACAGCAGGUUGGUAUCUCUGUUCAAAAUUAUACCUCAUCAACAGCACCUGUGUCCUGUGGUGUUCGCCAGGGUUCCGUUUUGGCCCCAUUGCUUUUGCUUUGUAUUUGCUGCCUCUGGGGCAACUGAUAAGUAAUUUUGAAGGCAUUCGCUUUCAUUGCUAUGCAGAUGAUAUUCAAUUUAUAUUUAUUUUAAUCCUUAUGAAAUUACAAAAUUGUCUACUCUUUUAAAUUGUAUAAACUCUGUUAAAGUCUGUAUGGCAAAUAAUCACUUACAGUUUAAUCCUGAAAAGACAGAAGUACUUAUCUCGGCUCUUGCUGGUGUUCUUCCAAAAAUGAUGGAAAGUCUUGGUUCUUUAUCAUAUUCUGUUAAAUGUGCCUUUCCUAAUUUAGGUGUUCACAAGCCUUCAGUCUUGAUCAACAUGUGAAUUAUUUGGUUUGUAAUUGUUUUUAUCAGUUGAGAAACAUCGCAAAAUUGAGGCCAGUUGUGUCCACAGCGGAUAUGAAAAUGAUUAUACAUGCAUUUAUUUCCUCCCGGCUUGAUUAUUGUAACUCUCUUUUUACGUGUCUUAAUAAUUCAUCCCUGAAACUUUUAGAAGUGGUUCAAGAUGCUGCUGCUAAGCUUUUAGCCAAGUCAUCAAAGAGAUCUCACGUAACCCCAAUUUUAAUUUCUUUACAUUGGCUCCCUGUCAAAUUUAGAAUUCAUUUUAAAAUUCUUGUGAUGGUGUUUAGAGCGUUGCAUGGUCAAGCCCCUGUGUACUGUAUAUAAAAGAGAUGUUGAAACCCUAUUAUUCUAGUAGGAAUCUGAGAUCCUCAAUUCAGAUCCUGCUAGUUGUUCCACGUUUUAGAUUGAAGACAAAAGGAGACUGUGCCUUUGAAGUAGUUGCUCCCAAGUUGUGGAAUGCUCUUUCUCUGAAACCGAGAUCUGUAGACUCUGUGGACCUUUUUAAAAAGCAGAUGAAAAACUAACUUGUUUAAACUUGCUUUUGUCUAA